GGCAGGGCUCGAAUGCGCUCAAUCGCUCCAUGCAGGGCCUCUGGUCUCAACACCGUCGUGCCAAAAUCAAUCUCAACGCCCAAAGCGCACCCACCUCCGCCAGUUCCGCACCCGCUGUCUCCACACCCAACGCCGAAGAGGACGCAGGCGGCACGGUGACACCAACAUUAGAGAAGACGGAUGGCGAGCUCGUUGGGGAGAACGAGCCCUCGACAUCGACGGCAGAUCCCAAGCUCGUCUCGAGCGGCAAGCGCAAGACGCGUUCGUCCCGUCUCGCUGGUGAGGACGGCAGCAAACGUCCACGCCUCGCAGAGAGGGGCGGUGGCAUUGCUAAAGACUAUGCGCCACCAUCUACACGUCUGUCGGACCUCGGCGGCAUCGAAAGCUGCGUGGAGAAGAUGCUCGAGCUUGUCGCAAUGCCGCUGUGCCAUCCGGAGGUGUACAUCCACACUGGAGUCCAGCCGCCACGCGGCGUUUUGCUACACGGUCCCCCUGGGUGUGGUAAGACGCUGUUAGCACAUGCUAUUGCUGGCGAACUCGGAGUGCCCUUUAUCAGCGUGUCGGCUCCAUCAGUCGUAUCUGGUAUGUCUGGCGAGUCUGAGAAGACGCUUCGGGAUACAUUCGAAGAAGCCAAACGAGUUGCGCCUUGCUUAUUGUUUAUAGACGAGAUCGACGCUAUCACCCCCAAACGAGAGAGCGCACAGCGCGAGAUGGAGAGACGCAUCGUCGCGCAAUUCCUGACAUGCAUGGACGACAUGUCUUGGGAUAAGACGGACAACAGACCCGUAAUCGUCAUCGGCGCGACAAACAGACCUGACUCACUCGAUGCAGCGUUGCGGCGUGCGGGCCGAUUCGACCACGAGAUCAGCAUGGGUGUGCCUGAUGAUGAGGCACGUACGCAAAUCUUGCGAGUGCUUUCUUCAAGGCUCAGGCUAGAAGGUGACUUUGAUUUUCUCGCCCUCGCCAAGGCCACUCCGGGGUAUGUCGGCGCAGACCUGGCCGCUCUGACGGGUGCGGCCGGUAUCAUCGCUGUCAAGCGGAUCUUUCAACGGGUCUCAGAGGGAGGCCUCGUCCUUCCCGAGGCCGUGCAAAGCAAACUAGACCUAGAUGGAGACUCUUCCAUGGCUAUUGACGGAGCCGUCGUUCCGAUAUCAAGCGUACCAGCUGGAAAUUUAACGCCGCCUACGCAGUCCUCGAUGCGUGUACCCUUCUCGGACAUUUCGCUUCCCUCCAACUCGCCCGCAAGCUCGAUUGUGCACUUCCUGCGCGCGCAUCCUGACCCGCUGACGGAGGCGCAGCUCGUGCCGCUAUGCAUCACAAUGAGCGAUUUCCUUGCGGCACUCAAGCAGGUGCAGCCGUCCUCGAAGCGUGAGGGCUUUGCGACCGUGCCGGAUGUCACCUGGGCGGACAUCGGUGCUCUGCACGCAACACGCGAGGAGUUACACAUGGCAAUCGUUCAACCGAUCCGCCGACCGGAGCUAUUCAGUGCCGUAGGCAUCGAAGCAGCGUGUGGCGUGCUCUUGUGGGGACCACCAGGUUGUGGAAAGACGUUGCUUGCGAAGGCUGUCGCGAAUGAAAGCAGGGCAAAUUUCAUCAGUGUGAAAGGCCCGGAGCUGCUCAACAAGUAUGUUGGUGAGAGUGAACGGGCAGUUCGUCAGGUCUUCUCUCGCGCACGAGCCUCGUCGCCGUGUGUGAUCUUCUUCGACGAGCUCGACGCUCUUGUACCACGCCGGGAUGACAGCAUGUCUGAAUCAUCUGCCCGCGUCGUCAACACACUCCUCACGGAGCUCGACGGGCUUGAUGCACGCAAGUCCGUGUACGUUAUCGCUGCGACGAACCGCCCCGACAUGAUCGACCCCGCGAUGUGCCGUCCCGGGCGGCUCGACAAGCUGCUGUACGUCGACCUGCCCAGCACCGACGAGCGUGCCGAGAUCAUGCGUACGGUGAUACGGAAGGUGCCGCUCGGCGAACUGGGCGCGACCUACGAGUGCGUGCGCGAGCGGGUCGAGGCACUGGUCCGCACGCGCUGCGACGGGUACAGCGGCGCAGAUCUUGCUGCGGUUGUGCGCGAGGCGGGCGUUGCCGCACUCAAGCGUACGCUCGGCGCGCUCGACGCCAUGGAGGGAGACGGCCACGCGCUGCCGGAGGGCGAGACGGGCAUCACAGUGCGGCUCGCCGACUUUGAGCGUGCGCUGGAGAAGGUGCAGCCGAGCGUAUCGGUUGCGCAGCGGCGCAAGUAUGAGGCGCUUCGGAGCAGGUUUGCGGGGCUGCCUGUCAGAGCGGGCAGGGAGGAGGACGGGAAGAGGGUCGAGGGCGGUGAGCCUGCUGCUGUCGCUUAGCGGUUGGUUUCCGCGUCGACCUUAGUUACAGCUGUAGAGUCUGUACACUCGUGACAAACUCUCAUUUCAUGGCGCACAUUUCAUUCGGGCGACAUCGGCCGAGCGGCCUCCCCUUGAAACACUCGCGCCCGCGGGUGGCGCUCUACUCAUUGUCGCGCUGAUCGCGGAAAAGGCCGCGUUCGUGUCCGCUGAGUCGGCGUACGGGACGCGGGGCAGAGCCUGAGACCCGCUGUUGCGGGGGUCGGAUCCACGCUGGCACAGAUCUUGCACAGGACACACCGCCCAUCCACACUCGCACAACCCAAAGUACUCCAGCAUAGGGUUACAUAGUUGUCAACAAGCUAGAUCCACUCCGCGACACCACGCCCGGCGCCUGCCGCGCCCCUUCACCUGCGCCGCGUACCGCUCCGUCGCGGCCGCCUCUUGGGCUUGGCCGCGCCCUGAGCCUCCGUCUGCUCGUCUUCUGGCACCUUCUGUUUCGCCGCGGCCUUCCCGGCGAUAACUUUGCCCUUGCCACCCUGCUUCUCCGCCGGCGCGUCCCGCAGGAGCUGCGGCCAGUCAUCCUCCGCGCUCUCCUCGGGUCCAAGCAGCGACAUGAGCUGCUCGCGGUGCCGGCGUUGCGCGGGGUCGUGGUACAGCACACCCGCCCCGCCGCUCGCCGUCCGUGCAGCAGGCUCGCCGCUCCGCCUCUGGCCGCCGCUGGGCAGGGGCUGGCGCUGCACAGGGUCCGCCAGGUCGAUCUCGCGCGGUGUCGAGAGCGGCGCGUCGUCGAGGACGAUGCUCGUCGCGCUUGCACUGCGCUCGAAGUAGUGCUCGUAUGCCGCGCGGGCGUCCUGCACGAGGGCCGUCAGCUCUGCUGCUGCGCGAGAAAACGACGGGGCGGAUGUACCUUUGAUUUUGUCCGGCUGAGCACGCGUGCGCGCCGUUUCAUGGCUGGCAGCACGUCGGACGCGUCUCCGCCAUCCUGCUCGUCCUCUUGCGCCUCCUCCAUCGCACGCUUGCCCAGCAGCGACGUCAGACGCGCCUGCAGCUCGUCGCUCGCCGCGCGCGAGAUCCUGCUCGGCGUCCGCGGUUCACGUGCGUUCCCCUCCGCGUCGACGACGCCAAAAUCCGCUGCGCCGUGUUUCGUGGGCGAUUGGAAGCGCGACGGUAUCUUGAGCGGCGAUGGCGACUGAGAGCUGGCGAUCAUCGUAUUCAGCAUGUCCUCGCGCAGAUCCGCGAGCGAGCGAGUCUCGCUCGGCUGCCUGCUGCUGCCCGCGUCCAUGCUGUCCGAGCCGUCUGUAAUUUCGCCCCCUAAUCCGGGGAUGAGGUGUGGCUCGGCCUCGGGCAUCGUCAUCGACUCGUCGAGCAGACCCGAGGGCUUCCCGAAGGGCGCGCCGAGAUAGUCAUCAUCACCGAGUGGGCUGCUCUGACGUCUUGGUGAUAGAGAUGAUGCUGGUGCUGGUGCCAGAUGGUCGUAGGCAGUGUCAUUCGUGAUAUCCACCAUGGCCACAUCACUAGGACUAGCGCGCUCUUUGCCCUUGCCCAUUCUCUGCUGCUGCGGCCCUGACUCUUGCCCUUCCGCGCCCGAGGCGCGACGAGACUUCCACCCCAGAACGACGCC